AUGGAAGAAGAACUUUAUAAUGGUUUUUAUCCGAACCGGCAGAUCUAUUACUCCACUGCUUAUCCCUACAGAAGUCCGUUCGCUUUGAAUCGACCGUAUUUGGAAGAUGACUACACCGACUACUAUCGAGAUUACCUAACCAAGACAAACAGUAAUUUUAUGAUCAGGGACUAUGAACGAAAAAUUCGAGUCUUUGAUUCUUCCAUCUACUAUAUUCGUGUCCUUUCUUAUGCUCAAAUUUUCUUAGCCGGUAUCCUCCUGGUGACAGACGUCUCGAAAAAUGUACUUCUGUGGAACUACAUUCAAAUGAACGGCGUCAAAAUUGAAAUGUUUGCUCACGUCAUCUUUCCCAUUUUUGCUCUCAUCGUCGGAUUCAUUUGUCUCACCGCUAUUCUGAAUCCAUCGAAACCGUUGUCCAAAUGUGUUGCCAUUUUACUACUCGUCAUUAUUGUGCCAAAUUUUGUAUUUCCAAGAUAUUCAGUUUUUAUGACAACAGCCAUCGAAUCCGUGGAAAUAAGUCAAGUUAUGGAUCGAAGUCUUUUUGGAAAAGACAUUGAUAUGAUUAAAUCGGAAACGCACAAUCGAAUGUCAAAAAUUCUAAUGUUUUCAACAAAUCAUUGGCCUCUGGGAGUUUCUGAUUUAACAAGUCUUCCUACUGACUUCGUGCUCAUGAUGCAGUACUUGCUCAUUGCAUAUUCCGUUUUUUCACUCUCUCUUUUCAUUUUUUAUGUCAUCACGUUGUUUUGUUUUGUUCGGUUGAUAUCAGUACAAUAA